AUGUCGACUUUCAGACCGGAAGAUAUCGAGGCCCUUGCGGCUCAAUUCGCAGCGGCGUCUUCUCAGCUCAACAUUGUCAAGAGCGUCGAACAAUUCAACUCGCCCGAAGACGAAUCCGCAGAUGCAAAAGACCCAGCACUCGUCGCGUCAGAUCUAGCCGCGCAGACGGCCUUUCUUCGCAAGUUAAAGUUCGCGUAUCUGGAGCAGAACGCGAAGGACAAGUAUGUGAAGACCAUCGUGAGCGACAUCGACGAUGCGCCCAUCGUAACCGCCGAUGACAACAAAGCGCUAUUUGCUUCCAACGAGAAGAUGAAACACCAACUGAAAUCCGCGAAGGAGAGUCUCUACCAGACGCAGAAGAACAUCCGGGAGCUGGCACCCACCGUUGAGCAAGAAUACGACAAGGCUCAGAACUUGACUAUGCGCGCUUCCGCGCUAUCGCAGAAAAUCAUCGACGCUCGGCUCGAUCUGAUCCGCCUCCGUCAAACCCACCCCCACCCGCGCCUCACCAUCCCCCUCGCAGACCAGAAACUCGUCGAUCAAGUGGCUGAGAUGCAAACCCUCAACGACGAACUCGAGGAGGCCCAGCGCCAGAUGCACAAGGUCAAAGAGCGAAUCAGAGCCGGCACGAGCGAGGCUGAGAGGCUGCGGAUGGAGAGGGCCGAGACGGAGCACGCGGUGCGGAAGAUCAAGGACAGAGCUGCCGCGGAUGCGCAGAAUGAGCGUUUGUUGGUGUCGCUGUAUGAUUGGUACGUGUACACGUCUUCACUGGCGCUCCACCGCUCCAUCCACGGCCUCGUCGCCGCUGAGAGCAUCUCCGAUAACGAGCUCCGGCUCCAAUAUCGCAUUGACUCAUCUCCCCCGUUCGAUCUCACCAUCGGAUUGAUUUUCGAACCAACGACGCGUAAACUUGCCUCGGUUGCAGUGUCCACUCAUCCAGAGGACGCGUUGGAGGGACUUGGGUUUCCUGAGAACGCGAUGGACGAGAUUAUUGGCGUAAACGUGCAACGGAACGACCCCCACAACGUCGUCUCCGCGAUUGUGGCCCGUGUACGAGGAGGGCAGCAGUAG